UCCAGUGAUAGUUCUCCGCUUGUUAAGUUACCAUCCAAAUUCACAACAACGCAUUGUUUUUUUAUUCCUUCUWGGGGACUGGACAAAAAACAGAAAUAGAUAAAUUCUAUACUCAUUGGUAGAAUUUGCAGCAAUUGUGAUUUUGUAAUUURGAAACAAUCCCGUCGACAACGUUCACAGGCAAGGAUUGCCGCACACGCUUCUUUACGUGUAUCAUCGUCUUAUUUGUUUGAAAUGCAAGUGCAGAGGACUAUCGAAAUAUAACUAUAUUAAUGAAAUGAAGAGGGAAUAUGGAUAGGUGUUUGAAGAGAUUUCAGUUACAAAGACAACCAAAACGCGUGGUGAUAAAUAUUCGAGGUGCUCGUUUUGAAACUUUUGAGAAAACACUUGAAGAAUUCCCAGAAACACUUCUGGGAAACGUGCAAAAACGAAUGGCUUAUUAUGACUACAUGCACAAGGAAUAUUACUUCGACCGUGACAUGGCUUCAUUUGAUGCAAUAUUAUUCUAUUACCAAAGCAAAGGAAUCUUGUCGCGACCUGAUAUUGUUCCUGAAAAAGUAUUUGAAGAUGAGCUUAAUUUUUAUGGUAUUACAGACAGAAUGAGAGCCAAAAGCACAAAUGUCCUAAAAGAUCACUCCUGUUCUCUGCCGUCUUAUAGAUGGCAAAAAAUGCUAUGGAUUUUUCUUGAACAACCGGAUUCCUCUUAUCAAGCCAAAUGGUUCUCAAGGUUCUCGGUUGUCGUGAUAAUUUUAUCGAUCAUUGCAUUUUGCGCAGAGACAAUUUAUAUAGAUGCUCACGCUGACCCUUGGCUGGAUGGACCUUUGGAAAACAGUACAUACAGUAACCUAAACGGAUCUAGACAGAUCAUGUAUACUGUUCGACCAAAAACUUGGUUUUGGAUCGAUACCUUCAUUACAAGUUGGUUUUGCUUCGAGUAUCUGGCCAGACUUGCUUCAUCGCCUUUUAAAAUCAAAUUUAUAUUCUCAGCUUUGUCCCUAAUUGAUCUAAUUGCUAUUUUUCCCUUUUUUAUUUCGCUCUACGUAACUACAAAGUAUAAACAUGCUAUUACUUUAACUGUUCUCAGAGUUUUUCGUCUGCUCCGGGUGUCACGCGUUCUAAAACUGACRCGAUACAUUGCCGUUUUGAGAAUUCUUGGUUAUUCGAUAAGGACAUGCCAUUAUCAACUGUUUUCUCUAGCUAUAUUUUUGAUAAUCUCUGUAGUGAUGUUUUCAAGUGUGGUCUAUUUUAUAGAAAAAGACGAAAAUCCUCAGUUUACAAGCAUCUUUCAAUCUUUCUGGUGGUGCAUUAUCACUAUGACGACGGUUGGAUACGGAGAUGUUGUACUUCAAACAACCUCUGGCAAAAUAGUUGGCGCAUUUUGCGCCAUAUUUGGUGUAGUUGUUGUUCUCUGUUUACCAACGCCUGUAUUUGUUUUGCAAUUUAAUAAACUUUACUGCGAGUUUCUGGGUAUCGAGUUAAAAGACAAAGGUCUCACUGGCGUUAAAAAGAAGAAUUACGCACAAAUCAGUACUACAAAAAAAUCUACAUAUAGAAAUCCUCGCAAAUAGACUGUCAGCUAGAACUCAAUGCUGAAAAUUAGUCUGUUUUGAAACAGUAAAUGCUCUCUUCAAGGAAGAUUUUAGACUGAUAAUAUAUAAAAACAAAUGCAAAAUGAUAUCGCAGCAAGCCAUCGUCAACUGGUUACAAUCUCAGCCAAUCCACUGAACUGAGUGGGAAGUGAUGUUCAAUUAUGCUAAUGUUAUUAAAUCAUUCCAAUACUUUAAAUACUGCUUGUUUCA